AUGUCAUUAUGCAUGUAUACAUAUAAACAUCACAAUUUAGAGGUAAGCAGAGAUGAAGCCGGUGUUGAUACAGAGGAGGACUUCCUGCCCAGCCCCAUGGCCCGCUAUCGUCAACUUCUCUUUGCCGCCCUCAAAUUCGGUCUGGCCAAGCUGACCUCACUGGGCAUAGAAAACCAGGACUGUGGAAAUCAGACCCCACAAAUAUUUUACAGAAUGAAUAACCAUUCCAUGCUGUUACACGUGAUGCAGUUUAUCUUAUUUCAGGGAGAAGUUUUCCACGGAAUUCUGCGAGACAGACAGCCCAGUUUAAGUCUUCCUGCUCUACUUGAACUAGCUCUAACUACAGCGGUACUGACACGAGCUAACUCCAGAGGCAUUCCAGAUGCGGAAUUAGAUGACCUUGACCCAGCUGGAAUAGAGUUGAAAGGUCAAAAGGUCAGGAUUGAGAGACAAAUGUUGGCAUUGAUGCCAAAGUACUGUAUAUCUGAGAGAGUCAACAAACAACUCAAGUUACUGGAGUCUGACGAGUCAACUCGCGGGAAGGACUUAAGUUCAGAACUCACGUUGGUAUUUUUAGAAGUGUCCUCCAAUGUGACCUCCUAUUGUCGAGCUGUCAUCUCAACCUCAGGUCCAUCCUCUCAGUUUUCUCGAGUUCUGUUCCGGCCGAGUCUGGAUGAAGCCCUUGCUAGAGAUCUAGGAAGUACUGACGGUAAGUUAUUCAUAGCACUAGAGGUCAGAGGUCAAUAA